AUGGAGAUAGGCUGUGCCAUCGCUGGCAGCGCCGAUGGUAGCGUUGGUGAGGCGAUCGAAUGGUGCCGGUACCACCCGUACGAAGAGGGUAUCGAUCCAGAGCUUGAAGGUGUUAUGACUACUCUUGUGGACCAAGAGCGGCCGCUCGAGAGCAGUGUAAGAAGACUACACGCAAAGAAAUGGAAGGAUUAUCUUCAAGCCGCCGAGGACGACCUUCCAAAGUCUAUCUACGACAUGCUCCCACCAUGUGAGAUCCCUUGGGUCACCAAAGUGACCACUGCAAAUAGGCCUGACGGAGAGACUGAUGGCGAAGAGAUUGAUGGCGGAGAGACUUAUGACGGAGAGACUUAUGACGGAGAGACUUAUGACGGAGAGACUUAUCACGAAGAGAUUGAUGGCGAAGACAUUGAUGAAGGAUGA